GCUGCCAUAUGAUGCCCGCAUAAAAAUACCAUACAGCCUACAAAUACUACCAAAUACUGUGGAAGUAAUUUGUAACCGACUGCUUUCAGUACUAAACAGAUCUUUGUUAUACAUACCAACUCUAUAGGAAUAAAGACUUUAAAGAAGUUGUCCAGUGGCUCAGGCUACGAUAUGACCUUAUGAUUUCCUGCUUGCCUUUCACCUUAUCUACGACAGAGGCGCCCUAAGUUUUUGAUCAGCUAUACUCUACCCAGCACAGAUGUGUAAGAACUGGAAGAACAUGUUGACUUCAAAAUCUUACAUCAUUGGAGCCCUGAUAAUAUUUAUUAUCUUUCUCAUAGGAUUUUGCAUGCAGUACUCAAAACAAGCGCUUCUGUCUAAGCAAGAACCGACCGUUGAUUGGUCACGGAAGGUGGCAGAGAAGGGGAUAGAGCUGGCGCACUGUGAGAGGAAGUUGCUUUUAAACAGUGGGAAUAAGAGAAGAAUGGCUCUCAAUGUCCUCACUCCCUGGCUUGCCCCAAUCAUCUGGGAUGGAACAUUCAACAUUAGCACUUUAGAUACCCAGCACAAUGGUACAAGAAUUGGACUGUUUGUAUUUGCUGUCAAAAAGUAUAUCAGGUUUCUUCUUCCACUCUUGGAGUCUGCCGAGCGUUACUUCAUGGUUGGUCACAAAGUUACAUACUAUGUAUUCACUGACAAGGUCAAUGAAGUAGUUAAACCCAAAAUGGCUGAAGGUCGCAUACUACAACUGCACAAUGUGAUUGCUGACCAACGCUGGGAAGAUGUGUCAAUGAGAAGAAUGGAGAUCCUUACUAUCUUUACUAAGACGCAGAUGCCAAAGGAGAUAGAUUAUCUUGUGUGUACUGACGUAGAUAUGGUAUUCAAUGAUCACGUAGGAGUCGAAAUACUUGGAGACUUGGUUGCUACAAUCCACCCAGGAUAUUUUCUUGCUGAACUAGAGGAAUUUCCUUAUGAGCAUAGACCAAUUUCUGCAGCAUACAUUCCAUAUGGGCACGGAGACUUCUAUUACAUGGCUGCUCUGUAUGGUGGAAAAGUAGAAGAAAUUUACAAACUCAGUGUGUCGUGCCAUGAGGGUAUUGAGGAGGACAAAAAAAAGAAUAUUGAAGCUGCGUGGCAAGAAGAAUCUCAUCUGAACAGAUAUCUGGUGUACAAUAAACCAACCAAAGUACUUUCACCUGAAUACAUCUGGAACCAUGACCUACCUAAUGGUGACUUAAUCAAGAAGAGGCGGUUCUUAGCUGUGGCCAAAAACCACCAAGAAGUGAGAAACUAAAAUGCUGUAAAUAUAAAAUAUCAUCCAUGAAAAAUUUCACAUGUUCCACUAGUUAAGAACUCAAAGCAAUUCUUGCUUUAUAUGUAUGUGCUAAGUGGUGUUUAAUGGCAUGGCCUUAAAAGGGGUACUCCGCUGCCCCAGCGUUUGGAACAUUUUGGUCCGAACUCUGGAGGGCUCGUGAUGUCACAGCCAUGCCCCUCGUGCGGCCCCGCCCCUUCCCAUAGACUUACAUUGAGGGGGUGUGGUGUGACAUCACAAGGGACCCAGCUGCAGGACCUCCGCGAUCAGACAUCUUUUCCCUAUCCUUUGGGGAUAAGAUGUCUAGUGGCAGAGUAGCCCUUUAAGGACAUUGGGCUUUACUUCAUGAUCAGCUGGUAUUGACUGAUCCUUUGUUUAAAUAUAUAUUUUUAUGUCUCUAUCACCCAUAUUUCACUUAAAAAUAGCAUAUUAAACCUGCUCAUUGUC